UGCAGUAGGGCUCCCGGGAGCCACCAUCAUGGUGAAGAGGAAGAGCUCCGAGGGCCAGGAGCAGGACAGCGGCCGCGGCAUCCCGCUGCCCAUCCAGACCUUCCUGUGGCGCCAAACCAGUGCAUUUUUGAGGCCUAAACUGGGGAAGCAAUAUGAAGCUUCUUGUGUGUCCUUUGAACGAGUGUUGGUAGAAAACAAGCUGCAUGGCCUCUCUCCAGCCCUUUCUGAAGCCAUCCAGAGCAUUUCCAGAUGGGAACUGGUGCAAGCUGCUUUGCCUCAUGUUCUCCACUGUACCGCAACUCUGCUUUCCAACCGGAACAAGCUAGGCCACCAAGAUAAGCUCGGUGUCGCUGAGACCAAACUUCUUCACACCCUGCACUGGAUGCUCCUAGAGGCCCCCCAGGACUGCAACAGUGAGCGGUUUGGGGGCACAGACCGAGGCUCCAGCUGGGGUGGCAGCAGCAGCGCUUUCAUCCACCAGGUUGAAAACCAGGGUUCUCCAGGUCAGCCCUGCCAGAGCAGCUCCAAUGAUGAAGAGGAGAACAACCGGAGGAAGAUCUUCCAGAACUCCAUGGCUACUGUGGAGCUCUUUGUGUUUCUGUUUGCUCCUCUGGUACACAGGAUUAAGGAAUCUGACCUCACCUUCCGAUUGGCCAGUGGUCUUGUAAUAUGGCAGCCUAUGUGGGAGCACAGACAGCCGGAAGUCUCUGGCUUCACAGCAUUGGUAAAACCCAUUAGGAACAUCAUUACAGCCAAGAGAAGUUCUCCUAUAAACAGUCAAAGUCUGACCUGUGAAUCACCAAAUCAGGAGACAAGACACCGAGAGGGACUCCAGGUGGUCUGUGAAACUUUGCAGUCUGAUUCUAUCUCACCCAAGGCCACCAUUUCAGGCUGCCACCGAGGAAACUCCUUUGAUGGAAGCUUGUCCUCCCAAACUUCCCAGGAAAGAGGCCCAUCACAUUCCAGGGCCUCUCUGGUGAUACCUCCAUGCCAAAGAUCCCGCUAUGCCACCUACUUUGAUGUUGCUGUUCUCCGCUGCCUACUCCAGCCCCACUGGUCUGAAGAAGGCACCCAGUGGUCUCUGAUGUACUAUCUACAAAGGCUGCGGCAUAUGUUGGAAGAGAAGCCAGAGAAGGCUCCAGAGCCAGAUAUUCCUCUCCUGCCCAGACCCAGGAGUAGCUCAAUGGUGGCGGCAGCACCCUCACUAGUGAACACUCACAAAACCCAAGAUCUCACCAUGAAGUGUAAUGAAGAAGAAAAAUCUCUUAGCCCUGAGGCCUUUUCCAAGGUUUCAUUGACCAAUCUCCGAAGGUCUGCAGUACCAGAUCUUUCUUCAGACCUGGGCAUGAACAUUUUUAAAAAGUUCAAGAGCCGUAAAGAAGACCGAGAGAGGAAAGGCUCCAUUCCAUUCCACCACACUGGGAAGAGGAGGCCCCGAAGAAUGGGUGUGCCAUUCCUGCUUCAUGAGGACCACCUGGAUGUGUCCCCCACUCGUAGCACAUUCUCCUUUGGAAGUUUCUCUGGGCUUGGAGAAGACAGGCGAGGCAUCGAAAAAGGAGGCUGGCCAACCACCAUUUUAGGGAAGCUGACGCGGCGGGGCAGUUCAGAUGCAGCUACUGAGAUGGAGAGCCUGAGCGCCAGGCACUCCCACUCCCACCACACUCUGGUGAGCGACCUGCCUGACCCCUCCAACAGCCACGGAGAAAACACAGUCAAGGAAGUGCGAUCCCAGAUCUCCACUAUCACAGUAGCAACCUUCAAUACCACAUUGGCAUCAUUCAACGUAGGCUACGCAGACUUUUUCAACGAGCAUAUGAGGAAGCUCUGCAACCAAGUGCCUAUCCCAGAGAUGCCUCACGAACCUCUGGCCUGUGCUAACCUGCCUCGCAGCCUCACAGACUCCUGCAUCAAUUACAGCUACCUGGAAGACACAGAGCAUAUCGAUGGGACCAACAACUUUGUCCACAAGAAUGGCAUGCUUGAUCUUUCCGUGGUUCUGAAGGCUGUUUAUCUUGUCCUUAACCAUGACAUCAGCUCUCGCAUCUGUGAUGUGGCACUAAACAUUGUGGAAUGCUUGCUUCAACUUGGUGUAGUACCAUGUGUAGAAAAGAACAGAAAGAAGAGUGAAAACAAGGAAAAUGAGACUGUGGAAAAGAGACCAAGUGAAGGAACUUUCCAGUUCAAAGGAGUAUCUGGAAGUUCUACCUGUGGAUUUGGGGGCCCUUCCAUUAGUGGAGCUGGAGAUGGUGGAGGAGAAGAAGGAGGAGGUGGUGAUGGAGGAGGUGGAGGAGGUGAUGGAGGAGGAGGUGGAGGAGGUGGAGGAGGCCCUUAUGAGAAGAAUGAUAAGAAUCAAGAGAAGGAUGAAAGUACACCUGUAAGCAACCAUAGGCUUGCUCUCACCAUGCUCAUCAAAAUAGUGAAGUCUUUGGGAUGUGCCUAUGGUUGCGGAGAAGGACACCGAGGGAUCUCCGGAGAUCGUCUGAGACACCAGGUAUUCCGAGAGAAUGCCCAGCACUGCCUCACUAAGCUAUACAAGCUAGAUAAGAUGCAAUUCCGACAAACCAUGAGGGACUAUGUGAACAAGGACUCUCUGAAUAAUGUAGUGGACUUCUUGCAUGCUUUGCUAGGAUUUUGUAUGGAGCCGGUCACUGACAACAAGGCUGGGUUUGGAAAUAACUUCACCACAGUGGACAACAAAUCCUCCGCCCAAAACGUGGAAGGCAUUAUCGUCAGUGCCAUGUUUAAAUCCCUCAUCACCCGCUGUGCCUCCACCACACACGAACUGCACAGUCCUGAGAAUCUGGGAUUAUAUUGUGACAUCCGUCAGCUGGUCCAGUUCAUAAAAGAAGCUCAUGGUAAUGUCUUCAGGAGAGUGGCUCUUAGUGCUUUGCUUGACAGUGCUGAGAAGUUAGCACCAGGGAAAAAAGUAGAAGAGAAUGAACAGGAACCUAAGCCUGCAGGCAGUAAAAGGUCAGAGGCGGGAAGCAUUGUGGAUAAAGGCCAGGUGUCCUCGGCCCCUGAGGAAUGUCGCAGUUUCAUGUCUGGUCGCCCCUCACAGACUCCAGAGCACGAUGAACAAAUGCAAGGGGGCAACCUGGGGCGGAAAGAUUUCUGGCGCAAGAUGUUCAAAUCCCAGAGUGCAGCAAGUGACACCAGCAGCCAGUCUGAGCAGGACACCUCGGAAUGCACCACUGCCCACUCAGGGAACACCUCGGACAGGCGCGCCCGCUCAAGGUCCCGCAGAAUUUCCCUCCGGAAGAAGCUUAAACUCCCCAUAGGUAAAAGAAACUGGCUGAAACGAUCCUCCCUCUCGGGCCUGGCAGAUGGUGUGGAGGACCUCCUGGACAUCAGCUCUGUGGACCGCCUGUCUUUCAUCAGGCAAAGCUCCAAGGUCAAAUUCACCAGUGCUGUAAAGCUUUCAGAAAGUGGGCCAGGAAGUGGAAUGGAAAAUGGAAGAGAAGAUGAGGAUAAUUUCUUCAAACGUCUUGGUUGCCAUAGUUUUGAUGACCAUCUUUCUCCCAACCAAGAUGGUGGAAAAAGCAAAAAUGUGGUGAAUCUUGGAGCAAUCCGACAAGGCAUGAGACGCUUCCAGUUUCUGUUAAACUGCUGUGAGCCAGGGACAAUACCUGAUGCAUCCAUCCUGGCAGCUGCUUUGGAUCUAGAAGCCCCUGUGGUGGCCCGAGCAGCCUUGUUCCUGGAAUGUGCCCGUUUUGUUCACCGCUGCAACAGGGGCAACUGGCCAGAGUGGAUGAAAGGGCACCAUGUGAACAUUACUAAGAAAGGCCUUUCCCGCGGACGGUCCCCCAUCGUGGGCAAUAAGCGGAACCAGAAGUUGCAGUGGAAUGCUGCCAAGCUCUUCUACCAGUGGGGAGACGCAAUUGGCGUCCGGUUGAAUGAGCUGUGUCAUGGGGAGAGUGAGAGCCCAGCCAACCUGCUAGGCCUCAUUUAUGAUGAGGAGACCAAGAGGAGACUGAGAAAGGAGGAUGAGGAGGAAGACUUUUUAGAUGACAGUAAGGAGACUCCCUUUACUACAAGAACCCCUGCUUGUACUGUGAACCCCUCUAAAUGUGGCUGCCCCUUUGCCUUGAAGAUGGCAGCUUGCCAGCUUCUCCUGGAGAUUACCACCUUCCUGAGAGAGACCUUUUCUUGCCUGCCCAGACCUCGUACUGAGCCAUUGGGGGACUUGGAGAGCUGCAGACUUCGUCUGGAUCCUGAGUUGGACCGGCACAGAUAUGAAAGGAAGAUCAGCUUUGCAGGGGUCCUGGAUGAAAAUGAAGAUUCAAAAGAUUCUCUCCAUAGCAGCAGCCACACCCUCAAAUCAGACACAGGGGUGGAAGAGAAGAAAGUUCCCAGCAGGAAGAUCAGGAUAGGAGGUUCUCGCCUGCUCCAGAUUAAAGGAACCCGCAGUUUCCAGGUGAAGAAGGGGGGUUCCUUGUCCAGCAUUCGCCGAGUCGGCAGCUUAAAGAGCAGCAAGUUAUCACGUCAGGACUCAGAGUCUGAGGCUGAGGAGCUGCAGCUGUCCCAGAGCAGGGACACUGUCACUGACCUAGAAGGGAGUCCUUGGAGUGCAAGUGAGCCCAGCAUUGAGCCAGAGGGAAUGAGCACUGCUGGCACAGAGGAGAACUACCACAGGAACAUGUCCUGGCUUCACGUCAUGAUCUUGCUAUGCAAUCAACAGAGUUUCAUCUGCACGCAUGUGGACUACUGUCAUCCACACUGCUAUCUGCACCACAGCCGCUCCUGUGCCCGGCUGGUCAGGGCCAUUAAGCUGCUGUAUGGAGACAGCGUAGACUCCCUACGGGAGAGCAGCAACACCAGCAAUGUGGCUCUGCGGGGCAAGAAACAGAAAGAGUGCUCAGAUAAGUCAUGCCUGAGGACACCUUCUCUGAAGAAGAGAGCUUCAGAUGCCAACCUGGAAGGAAAAAAGGAUUCUGGGAUGCUGAAAUACAUCAGACUUCAGGUGAUGAGCUUGUCGCCUGCUCCUUUAUCUCUUUUAAUCAAGGCAGCUCCAAUUCUGACAGAGGAGAUGUAUGGUGAUAUCCAGCCAGCAGCCUGGGAGCUCCUGCUCAGCAUGGAUGAGCACAUGGCAGGGGCAGCAGCUGCCAUGUUUCUGCUGUGUGCUGUGAAGGUUCCUGAAGCUGUGUCUGACAUGUUGAUGUCAGAGUUCCACCACCCAGAGACUGUGCAGAGACUGAAUGCUGUCCUCAAAUUCCACACGCUCUGGAGGUUUCGCUAUCAGGUCUGGCCCCGGAUGGAGGAGGGAGCACAGCAGAUUUUUAAGAUCCCGCCUCCCAGUAUCAACUUCACCCUGCCCUCCCCAGUGCUUGGAAUGCCAUCUGUCCCAAUGUUUGACCCUCCAUGGGUCCCUCAGUGCAGUGGGAGUGUCCAGGACCCCAUUAAUGAAGAUCAGUCUAAAUCCUUUUCUGCCCGAGCUGUCUCUCGCUCUCAUCAAAGAGCAGAACAUAUCUUAAAGAACUUGCAGCAGGAGGAAGAGAAGAAACGCCUGGGUCGAGAAGCCAGCCUCAUUACUGCCAUCCCCAUCACCCAGGAGGCUUGCUAUGAGCCCACCUGCACACCCAACUCAGAGCCGGAAGAAGAAGUAGAAGAAGUCACCAAUCUGGCAUCCCGCCGACUGUCCGUGAGCCCCUCCUGCACCUCGAGCACCUCCCACAGGAAUUAUUCCUUCCGCCGGGGGUCGGUCUGGUCUGUGCGUUCAGCUGUCAGCGCCGAAGAUGAGGAGCACACCACGGAACACACACCAAACCACCAUGUGCCACAGCCCCCACAGGCCGUGUUCCCUGCAUGCAUCUGUGCAGCAGUGCUGCCCAUUGUUCAUCUCAUGGAGGACGGUGAGGUGCGGGAGGACGGAGUAGCAGUGAGUGCUGUGGCCCAACAAGUCUUAUGGAAUUGUCUAAUUGAAGAUCCAUCAACUGUUCUUCGACAUUUUCUGGAAAAACUGACAAUCAGCAAUAGACAAGAUGAGUUAAUGUACAUGCUGCGCAAACUUCUCUUAAACAUUGGAGACUUUCCUGCUCAGACAUCUCAUAUCCUAUUCAACUACUUGGUGGGAUUGAUCAUGUACUUCGUGCGAACCCCUUGUGAAUGGGGGAUGGAUGCCAUUUCAGCCACUCUGACUUUCCUUUGGGAGGUGGUUGGGUACGUGGAGGGCCUUUUCUUCAAGGACCUCAAGCAGACAAUGAAGAAGGAGCAGUGUGAAGUAAAGCUCCUGGUGACUGCUUCAAUGCCAGGUACCAAAACGUUGGUAGUUCAUGGACAAAAUGAGUGCGACAUUCCAACCCAGUUACCAGUCCAUGAAGACACUCAGUUUGAAGCCCUGUUGAAGGAGUGUCUGGAGUUUUUCAACAUCCCCGAGUCCCAGUCCACACAUUAUUUCCUGAUGGAUAAGCGAUGGAAUCUUAUCCACUACAAUAAGACCUAUGUUCGAGAUAUUUAUCCCUUCCGGAGGUCAGUAUCUCCACAGCUGAACCUCGUACACAUGCGUCCAGAGAAGGGACAGGAGCUCAUUCAGAAACAGGUGUUCACUCGGAAGCUGGAGGAGGUGGGGCGGGUGUUGUUUCUCAUCUCCCUCACGCAGAAGAUCCCCACAGCCCACAAACAGUCCCACGUCUCCAUGCUUCAGGAAGACCUCCUCCGCCUGCCCUCAUUCCCUCGGAGUGCUAUAGAUGCCGAAUUCUCACUCUUCAGUGAUCCUCAAGCUGGGAAGGAACUGUUUGGCCUUGACACACUUCAGAAAAGCUUGUGGAUCCAGCUCCUGGAAGAGAUGUUCCUGGGCAUGCCAAGCGAAUUCCCCUGGGGAGAUGAAAUUAUGCUUUUCCUCAACGUUUUCAACGGCGCUCUGAUCCUUCACCCAGAAGACAGUGCCCUGCUCAGGCAGUACGCUGCCACUGUUAUCAACACCGCCGUGCACUUCAAUCACCUCUUCUCUCUCAGUGGCUACCAGUGGAUUCUCCCCACCAUGCUGCAGGUAUACUCUGACUAUGAAAGCAAUCCCCAGUUACGUCAAGCCAUCGAAUUUGCCUGUCACCAGUUCUACAUUCUACACCGCAAGCCUUUUGUGCUCCAGCUGUUUGCUAGUGUGGCCCCUCUCUUGGAGUUUCCUGAUGCUGCCAAUAAUGGGCCUAACAAAGGUGUGUCGGCUCAGUGCCUGUUUGACUUGCUACAGUCCCUGGAAGGAGAGACCACUGACAUAUUAGACAUCCUAGAGCUGGUCAAAGCUGAGAAGCCUCUCAAGUCAUUAGAUUUCUGCUAUGGAAAUGAAGAUCUGACCUUCUCUAUCAGUGAAGCCAUUAAGCUCUGUGUCACUGUGGUGGCGUAUGCUCCUGAAUCAUUCAGAAGUCUUCAGAUGCUGAUGGUCUUGGAAGCUUUAGUUCCAUGUUACCUACAAAAGCUAAAGAGGCAGACAUCACAGGUGGAGACAGUACCUGCUGCCCGAGAGGAGAUUGCUGCCACAGCUGCUCUAGCAACAUCCUUACAAGCACUUUUGUACAGUGUGGAAGUCCUCACCAGGCCCAUGACAGCCCCACAGAUGAGCAGGUGUGAUCAAGGUCACAAGGGGACCACCACGGCCAAUCAUACCAUGUCUUCUGGAGUGAACACCAGGUACCAGGAGCAAGGAGCCAAACUGCACUUUAUCAGGGAAAACCUUCAUUUAUUGGAGGAAGGUCAGGGUCUUCCUAGAGAGGAACUGGAUGAACGAAUUGCUCGGGAAGAGUUCAGAAGACCCCGGGAAUCCCUGCUGAAUAUUUGCACAGAAUUCUAUAAGCACUGUGGACCAAGGCUGAAGAUCUUGCAAAACCUGGCUGGGGAGCCACGGGUCACUGCACUGGAGCUGCUGGAUGUGAAAUCCCAUAUGAGGUUGGCAGAAAUUGCACAUUCCCUUCUGAAGUUGGCACCCUAUGACACCCAGACGAUGGAGAGCCGUGGGCUUCGGCGCUACAUCAUGGAGAUGCUACCCAUUACCGACUGGACAGCUGAGGCAGUGAGACCAGCCCUUAUCCUCAUUCUAAAGAGAUUGGAUAGAAUGUUCAACAAAAUUCAUAAGAUGCCAACUUUGAGGCGACAGGUUGAGUGGGAGCCUGCCAGCAAUUUGAUUGAAGGGGUUUGUUUGACACUUCAGAGGCAGCCAAUCAUAUCCUUCCUGCCUCACCUUAGGUCACUGAUCAAUGUCUGUGUCAAUCUGGUGAUGGGAGUGGUAGGACCUUCCAGUGUUGCUGAUGGAUUACCCCUUCUUCAUCUCAGCCCUUAUCUCUCACCACCUCUGCCCUUCAGCACAGCUGUUGUCCGGCUUGUAGCAUUGCAGAUACAGGCACUAAAAGAAGAUUUUCCUUUAAGCCAUGUGAUCUCCCCAUUCACCAAUCAAGAGCGAAGGGAAGGGAUGCUUUUAAAUCUACUCAUCCCAUUUGUGCUCACAGUAGGAUCUGGAAGCAAAGAUAGCCCAUGGCUGGAGCAGCCUGAGGUGCAGCUGCUGCUGCAGACGGUGAUUAAUGUGCUUCUGCCACCCCGGAUCAUCAGCACUUCUAGGAGCAAGAACUUCAUGUUGGAGAGCUCCCCUGCCCACUGCUCCACCCCUGGGGAUGCAGGAAAGGAUCUGCGCAGGGAAGGGCUGGCUGAGUCCACCAGCCAAGCAGCAUACCUGGCUCUGAAGGUGAUUCUCGUCUGCUUUGAGAGGCAGCUGGGAAGCCAGUGGUACUGGUUGAGCCUGCAGGUGAAGGAGAUGGCUCUGCGGAAGGUGGGCGGCCUGGCCCUGUGGGACUUCCUCGACUUCAUUGUGCGGACCCGGAUACCCAUUUUCGUGCUCUUGCGCCCUUUCAUCCAGUGCAAGCUUCUGGCCCAACCAGCAGAGAAUCAUGAAGAACUUUCUGCUCGGCAACACAUUGCUGACCAGCUGGAGCGGCGCUUCAUACCACGCCCUUUGUGCAAGAGUUCACUCAUUGCUGAGUUCAAUAGUGAACUAAAAAUUCUAAAAGAAGCGGUUCACAGUGGUUCAGCCUACCAAGGGAAGACAUCCAUCAGUACUGUGGGCACCUCCACCUCUGCUUACCGCCUGAGCCUGGCCACCAUGUCCCGCUCUAACACGGGCACGGGCACUGUCUGGGAGCAGGACAGCGAGCCAUCCCAGCAGGCUUCCCAGGAUACCCUGAGUCGGACUGACGAGGAGGAUGAAGAAAACGACUCUGUAAGCAUGCCCAGUGUGGUAAGUGAACAGGAAGCUUACCUCCUGAGUGCCACUGGAAGACGUCGAUUCUCUAGCCAUGUCUCCAGCAUGUCUGCACCUCAGGCUGAGGUGGGCAUGUUACCCAGCCAGAGUGAACCUAAUGUCCUCGAUGACUCCCAGGGCCUGGCCGCUGAGGGCAGCCUCUCUAGGGUGGCAAGUGUGCAGAGUGAACCUGGCCAGCAGAACCUUCUUAUUCAGCAGCCACUGGGGAGGAAGAGGGGUUUGAGGCAGCUAAGACGUCCCCUACUGUCACGGCAGAAGACUCAGACUGAACCCAAAAACAGACAUGGGGCUCGGCUGUCAACCACUCGCAGGAGUAUUCAACCUAAGACGAAGCCAUCUGUGGAUCAGAAACGAUCUGUUACCUUCAUUGAGUCUCAGCCAGAGCCAACCGCUGCCCCAACAGACACGCUUCCUGCCAUAGGUCAACCACAGGGCUGCAGCCCAGCCCUGAGCAGGAAACCAGAAGGAUUGGACAAACCAGUCCUCACGUCUUCCCCGGCCAUAGUUGUUGCGGAUCUCCACAGCUUAUCUCCCAAGAGUGAACCCCUCCCCACUGAAGAAGGAGAAAAGAAGGAGGACACAGAAGCACAAGGUGCUGCAGCACACAGCCCCCUCUCUCCUCAGCUUUCAGACCCUGAUGACUUCACAGGCCUUGAGACAUCCAGCCUCCUACAGCAUGGAGACACUGUGCUUCACAUCAGCGAGGAAAAUGGCAUGGAGAACCCCCUGUUGUCUAGCCAGUUCACUUUUACUCCUGAGCUGGGGGAGACAGAUGUAGUCCUAGAUGAGUCUCAUGUUUAG